AUGAUCAGAUUGAAGACAAGUAGAGGGACUAUGGACUCAACGAACGUUGUGGAUCCUAUUGCGGCUGCUUUAGAGGCCCGUCUAGUGGGCUUGAAUGCAGUCGGAAGCGGUGACAGUAUUCUAGACAGUAUCUUAGCGUUACAUUACCGUGUAAUGUUCCAUACUUUCGAUGAAAAUUCGGACUUAUCAAUGUGGAAGGUACUAUUAGAAGAUAGUCAGAAGCUGGAACCAGAUGUUUCUGAGGAAUUGCAUUCUGCAAUACUCAAAAAUGUCUCUGGAAUAGCAAAUUAUUACCUUGGUAACGGAAUGGAGGCUGACAGGCUUUUGUACGCGUUGGGAACUAUCGAUGGUGUUAGGGAACAAUACUUUAAUUUCUGGUGUCUUUUGCAGCUAGAAAAUCUAUGCUACAGAAUUAAAAUGGGAUCUAUAGUUGAUUUACAGGUUCUGCAAUAUUGUCGUACAAUUCCCAAAGAAUCCUACACAUUAGUUUGGUACUAUUUGGAAAAAUUGAUUACAUCUACCACAUUUACUUGGAAGGAAAUUCAAUCCGAAUUUGGGAGCAGCCCAAUGAGCUAUUUGUUUGGCAUUCUUGUUGAUCAGAAAUUCCCAGAGGCUGAGUUGAUAAGUUAUUGUAAAAAGUUACUGGCGGGGUCGAGGUUCCCAUCUGCGCAUGAAAGCAACAAUUUUGAGCUGGAGGAAUUCUUCGCAGUAUUACAGUUUUACUUUCGCAGGGCUACUGGACCUCUUUCACGGGAUUGGGGCGCUAUUAUCGAAAGAGCUGUAGCAGUUACUUUUCAGAGCAUCAGUAUUUCAAAGGCUGCAAUAUUUUAUUACUUCAGCGUGGGUGAAGACCGUGUUGGGUUGUUGAAUUUCAUUAAUUUCAUUAAUUACUCCGAGCGUCGUCGUAGAUUGACAGGUACUUAUGACGUGAUUUCUCUCAUUGAUGCCUACGGUCAAGUUAUGAAGCGAGACACUAUCCCUGAGGAAAUCGGUCAAACUUUUAGCAGGGUAAAGUCUUUGGCCAAAUACAAACAGAUUGUAAGCGAAUUUUACCAGUAUUAUAAUUUGAAGCUAAUUUCGAAUGAGGACAGUAUAGACUGGUUCUCCAACUCUUUCCAAUUGUGGGUUCCUUCGAAUUUGGCUAGAGCGCUUGCAGAUGCCUGGUACUUGUUUUAUCAGUAUGAGAAAAGCUCCUUAACACACCUGCUACAAAAGGACUUGAGUUAUUAUCUUGCGAAUGCAAUGUGCUUGGAUUCCAAUAACCUCGAUAUAAAGUUUCAGUACGCCUAUGUGUUGGCGUCAAUGAGACGUAUAGAGAAAUGCGUCAAGUUUCUAAAAACUGCCGUCUUGAACGUGGCCCCAGAAGACUACAAAUCAUGGCACCUCUUGGCACUGUGUGAAUCUAUCCAAGAGAACAAAGCGGCUUCUUUAAAGAUCGUUUGGUCAGUCUUAGAAGCGAUGACAGAAGCAGCUGAAGAGGGCAGAUUAAAGGUCGUAGAUAAAUGGCAACUCAUACAUUUAAAGUUGACUCAAUUAUCACUAGUAAAGGAAACCGUUGGUAUUAAGGAUGCCCUAGAAAUGCUCCCUGAAGUAUAUCAGCUAUACUCAAUGUUGUUUCCUACUACUGACGAGAAUAGCAAUGACGAGUGCAGGAUCGGUCCACAACAUAAACAAACUAAAGAGUACUUGUUCCAGUCUAUCUGGUUCUUUGCUGCAAAGUUGUUCAUACAAGACAAUGACCUAGCUAAUGCACAGGAGGCAAUUGACGAAGCUAAGCGAGUUACCACCAGCUUCACAAAUCUUAACGUCAAUACUACAAAGGGUUACAUAUCGUUAUCAACUGAUAACUUAACCGCCAUGAACGAAUUCCAAAACGUGCUAUGUUUUGAUCCAGCCAACAUUGACGCCAUUGUAGGCUUCGCCAAGGUCCUAUACCCUGAUGCGAAUGACAAAGUGGAGAACUUUACCAGGCAUAAGAGCGUCACUGUUCACGAUUCGAAUCAUGGCCCGUCCCCAAUCAGUGCCUUUGCAAACGAAAAGGACCGGUCUGCAGCUGUUGCGCAGUUGAAACUAAUGCUAGAGAGCUGUAUUGAACGUUCCAUAGAGGGGUAUCACACCCCGGAGAUAUGGUGGUAUGCCUCUAAAGUGUAUGAUGAAUAUAAGGAUUCCGAUAGGUUAGAAGAGGCGCUAUGGCAAUGUAUUAAGUUUGAAGAACUAAAGCCCAUUCGUGGAUUCAAGAACUGCGCCUUCUAG